AUGAUGAUGAUGCGCCGUGUGAUGUGUGUGUUGGCCGUUGUGCUGUGCUGCGCCUGCGGGUAUACCAUGGCUGUGAAGGCUGAACAGUUAACCAAGACGUCUUCUGAUGCCACAACUGAUCCUUAUGGAUAUCGGCUGAUAAAAGCGACGAAUAAUAGUAAUGAUAAUGCUGGUUUUGCACGUAAAAUAGAGAAGGGUCAAAAGUACCCGCUUCAUAAUACUUGGGAUUGGGAUUCCCCCUCAUUAUAUGAAAAAACUGCGGAGGCACCCCCCAAAGGAAGGACUGGGGCUCAACCACAUGGUCAAGAUGCCAGAGAAGGUGUGGACAGAAGUACUGGUCCACAAAUUCAAACCCAUCAAACCUCUGAAGAUGAGCACACAACUCUUCCUUCUCAUUCGGAGGAAAAAACUCGAGCACGACAAAUACAAGCUGACGGAGGAGGUCACGAUGCAGAAAGUGGCUCCUCAUUAACUGGUUCAGGAACACCGGAACCAACACAAACAACUACGGGUGCGCGAUCAUCUGAAGGUGUUAAUUCCCAUCCAAACGAACCACAAACUGUGUCUGAAUCAGACCCAGAUAACAGUUCUGUUAAUCCUGGUAAUGUUUCGCAGCAACCUCCACCGGGAACGGAGAGUGCUGCACCAAUUGAUGGUAAUUCCGGUAACCAAUCUACUGCAACUCCAGGUACGACUGCAGUAUCAGGCUCAGAAGAAACAAAUACCACUAUUCCGUCAAGCCCCGAGAAUACUGUCAGUGAAGAAUCAACCGUGACUCCUUCUCGUGACUCUAAUCUUACCCAGCAAUCUACUGCAACUGAUGAGGUGACUGCCGCACCAAAUUCACAAGAAACCAAUACCACUACUCCGCCGAUCACCGAGAACACUACCACUGAAGCACCAACCACCACUCCAUCUCCUGUUGCUGCACCUAACCCAGAGAUCAGCAACAUCGAUUCCACUGUACAGAAGAACAAACCCAUUGUUGACAGCAGUGUCAGUCCUGUGUGGAUGCGCACUGCAGCACCGCUGCUGAUUGUGGUUGUGUUGUUCUCCGCUACUGUGUACUGA